AUGAUCGCUAAAGAACCAGACUCGACCGGGCUCGAGGGUUGGCAAAAGAUUCAUGCGGCAAAGAAGGCUGAGCAGGAAGCCAGAAUACCACAGCAAUGGAAGCUCAAACCAGAAGACUUUCCACCCACAGGCACCGUCGACCUUCGACCCGUAGUGGCCUCCUGCGGCAUCCUCUCGGACAGAGAGUUGUUGAUCACGGGAGACCAGUAUGACGCCACCUCUCUGGCCGCUGCAAUUGCAGAGGGCAAAUACACUGCCGUCGAGGUUGUGACCGCGUUCUGCAAACGAGCAGCGAUAGGCCACCAGCUCUGCAACAACCUCACUGAAAUAAUGUUCAAGGACGCAAUCGAAGACGCCAAAAGGCUGGACAAAGUGUUUAGAGAGACUGGAACUCCGGUUGGCCCGCUUCAUGGCUUGCCUAUGACAUUCAAGGAAUGCUUUCACGUCAAGGGAUAUGAUGCCAGCAACGGGUACAUCUCCAGAACGUUCGAUCCCUCAACUCGCGACACUCCUCUUAUCGAGCUGGUCAAAUCUAAUGGCGCCGUGGUGAUUGCGAAGACAAAUACGCCGCAAACCAUGCUGGUGGCUGAAAGUCACAAUAACGUCUUUGGCCAAACGAAAAACCCGGUCGUUAGUCACUUAACUUGUGGAGGGAGUAGCGGAGGAGAGGGAUCCAUCAUGGCGUACCGAGGGAGUGCCCUGGGGAUCGGUACUGAUGUAGGAGGCUCUAUUCGCAUUCCUGCCGCGGCAAACGGCGUCUACGGCUACAAACCUAGCUUUGGGAUCUUGCCAAUGAUAGGGUACGCAGCAUCGGGUUGGAUGGGUGCAAACACUGGAGUCCCGGCCGUCUGUGGUCCACUGGGUCAUUCCGCUCGGGACCUGGCAUUGCUGACCCGUGUGGUCCGCAAUGCGCAACCAUGGAAGUUCGAUCCUGCCAUCAUACCCAAGGUCAUGGAGGCCGGCACACAGUCUCGAAAGCCGGUCGUAGGCGUAAUCCGUCAGAGUGGGACGACUCCCCAUCCGCCAGUCAGACGAGCCAUCAAAGAGGCAGCAGAUAAACUCUCGGCGGCGGGUUUUCAGGUCAAGGACUUCGUCCCGCCGGAUUUCAACGACAUUCGUAAUGUCACCCGGGAGCUCUUCACCCUCGACGCCCUGUCGUACCAGCGAGGGCAGUUGGAGAAGGCAGAGGAACCUGUGGUGCCCUCGGUUGAAAAGAUCGGGUUUUGGGCCAUCCCACGCAAGACGCAUGAGGAAGCAUGGGCACUGAAUGCCAAGAAGCUGGCGCUUCAAAAGGAGAUGCUCGAUCGUUGGCAAAAAGCUGGAGUAGACAUUGUGGUUGCUCCUGCGGGUCCUCACACAGCUGUUCUGCCUGGGGACUGGACCACCGAUAUGUACACGGUUGCUUGGAACGCCAUGGACUACCCAGCGAUCAUCAUCCCAUUCACCAAAGCAGAUCCAGUAUUGGACCCCAAGGAUACGGAAUUCGUCCCCAUGCACGAACUCGAUGAACAAAUCCAAUCUUUGUAUGACCCUCAACUUAUGGCCGGGGCACCUGUCGCGCUCCAACUAGUCGGUCCAAGAUUGGAAGACGAACAACUCUUGAAGGAUGCGCAGACCAUCGACGCGGUUUUGAAUGCGUAG